CGGCCGGCUGACGUCGCGGUGCCCAGCGUCGCGUCAGGGCUGUCCGGUGGCGGCGGAGGCGGCGGCGAUGGCAGCGGACGCCGAGCGGGUGUGAGGGUCGGACCCCGCUCGUUCCGGCGCGGACUGGAUCGGCGCGGCUCGGCGCCCGCACCCCGGCUCGCCGCGCUACUGCUCCCUGCCCGGGCGGAGGCGGAGGAGGCCCGGGCUGGCCGCCCUGCUGGUGCCCGGCUCGCCCCCGGACGGCCCGGCGCUGUGCGGAGAGGAGGCCGAGGCGUGAAGAGAGCUUAUCGGAGGACGCCCCCUCAGGAUGAGUAGGAAACCUCCAACCCGUCCUGGAAUCACUUUUGAGAUUGGUGCUCGUUUGGAGGCCCUGGACUACUUACAGAAAUGAUCUAAAGAAAAGGAAAUGAAAGAUUAAAAAGGUGGAGAUGUCUCCAAGUGUCAGAAUUUGAUAGAACAGUAUAAAUUUGAAUUGGCAAAUGCUGUUUCCACACAUUGCGAGUAUUUUGAACUAUAUGGAACAUUGGCAAAUUUUUCUUGAAAAGCAGAGAAAAGAAAUAUUGGAACAAAUAUAUUAAACCUGAGAUCAGAAAAUAGGAGUUUAGUGCUGUUCUGCCGUGAGUUCUGUGACUGUGAAGAGGUAUCCAUCACGAAUUGAAAAAAUUGACUAUGAGGAAGGCAAGAUGUUGGUCCAUUUUGAGCGCUGGAGUCAUCGUUACGAUGAGUGGAUUUACUGGGACAGCAACAGACUGCGGCCCCUGGAGAGACCUGCGCUGAGGAAGGAAGGGCUCAAAGAUGAGGAAGAGUUCUUCGAUUUUAAAGCUGGAGAAGAAGUGUUGGCUCGUUGGACAGACUGUCGAUAUUAUCCUGCCAAGAUUGAAGCAAUUAACAAAGAAGGAACAUUCACAGUUCAGUUUUAUGAUGGAGUAAUUCGUUGUUUAAAAAGAAUGCACAUUAAAGCCAUGCCUGAGGAUGCCAAAGGGCAGGUGAAAUCCCAGCAUCCACUAAGCUGGUGUUGUCCUAUCGACCCAGCUGGAUCGUGGAACCAGUCUAUGGGAAGUGAGGACUGGAUAGCUUUAGUGAAAGCAGCUGCUGCAGCCGCAGCCAAGAAUAAACCAGGGGGUAAACCUCGAACCAGCGCCAACAGCAAUAAAGAUAAAGAGAAAGAUGACAGAAAAUGGUUUAAAGUACCUUCAAAGAGGGAGGAAGCAUCUGCUUGUAGAGCUACACCAGAAGUUGAGAAGAAGGAAGAGUUGCCUACGUCUAAUGAGACAUUUGUAGGCCUUCAUGUAGAGAGCGUUCCAAAGAUGGUCUUUCCACAGCAGGAGAGCAUGUUAUCAAACAAGAGGAAAAAUAAUCAAGGCAACUCAUUUCAGGCAAAGAGAGCUCGACUGAACAAGAUUACUGGUUUGUUGGCAUCCAAAGCUGUUGGGGUGGAUGGUGCUGAAAAAAAGGAAGACUACAGUGAAACAGCUCCAAUGCUGGAGCAGGCGAUUUCACCUAAACCUCAAAGUCAGAAAAAAAAUGAAGCUGACAUUAGCAGUUCUGCCAACACUCAGAAACCUGCACUGUUAUCCUCAACUUUGUCUUCAGGGAAGGCUCGCAGCAAGAAAUGCAAACAUGCAUCUGGAGAUUCUUCUGGGUGUACAAAAACCCCUAAAUCACCACUGUCCCCAGAAUUAAUACAAAUCGAGGAUUUGACGCUUGUAUCUCAGCUUUCUUCUUCAGUGAUAAAUAAAACUAGUCCUCCACAGCCUGUGAACCCCCCUAGACCUUGCAAGCAUAGUGAGCGGAGAAGAUCUCAGCGUCUAGCCACCUUGCCCAUGCCUGAUGAGUCUGUAGAAAAGCUCUCUUCUCCCUCUCCAGCCCCCGAUGGCAAAGCGUUCUCUGUCAGUUCUCAGAACCAGCAGGAGUCUUCACUACCACAGGUGCCUGAUGGCUCACAUUUGCCACUUGAGAAACUGGGACCCUGUCUUCCUCUUGAUCUGAGUCUUAGUUGCGAAGUUUCGGCAACGCUCGCCCCAGAUUCUUCUAACCGUAAGGAGGGUCCCAAAGCAGAAAAGGAGGAUGCCCAGACGCUUACCAAUCCUUCCAAAGCAGGCAGUGAUGGAAGAGGAAUGCCAGCAGCAGGAAUAUCGAAAACAGAAAAAAAGGUGAAAUUGGAAGAAAAAAGCUCCGCUGCAUUUGGAAAGAAAAAAGAAAAGGAUAAAGAAAGGAAGGAGAAGAGGGAGAAAGACCACUAUAAACCAAAGCAAAAGAAGAAGAAAAAAAAGAAAAAGAAAUCUAAGCAGCAUGACUACUCAGACUAUGAAGAUAGCUCCCUGGAAUUUUUGGAAAGGUGUUCUUCUCCACUAACUCGAUCUGGGAAUUCUCUGGCUCCGCGCAACGUGUUCAUGGAGAAAACUACAACCUAUCAGUACCCAAGGGCCAUUCUGUCUGUGGAUCUUAGUGGUGAAAACUUAUCUGAUGUGGAAUUCCUGGAUGAUUCUUCCACGGAGAGUUUACUCCUGAGUGGAGAUGAGUACAAUCAGGACUUGGAUUCAACCAAUUUUGAGGAAUCUCAGGAUGAAGAUGAUGCUCUUAAUGAAAUUGUGCGGUGCAUUUGUGAAAUGGAUGAGGAGAACGGCUUCAUGAUUCAGUGUGAAGAGUGCCUGUGCUGGCAGCACAGCGUGUGUAUGGGGCUGCUGGAGGAGAGCAUUCCGGAGCAGUACAGCUGCUACAUCUGCCGAGACCCUCCGGGUCAGAGGUGGAGCGCAAAAUAUCGCUAUGAUAAGGAUUGGUUGAAUAAUGGGAGAAUGUGUGGGCUGUCAUUUCUGAAAGAAAAUUACUCUCAUCUCAACGCCAAGAAGAUCGUAUCCACACACCAUCUGCUCGCUGACGUCUGUGGUGUUACGGAAGUGCUGCAUGGGUUACAGCUCAAGAUUGGCAUUCUAAAGAACAAGCAUCACCCUGACCUUCAGCUCUGGGCGUGCUCCGGGAAGCACAAAGACCGAGAGGAAGCCCUGGCAGAGAGAGAGGGAGCAGCGCGAGACACGGUGACUCCAGAAGAGAAGAAACCUGUUGAGAACCGCAGAGAACCUGCUCACCUGCCCCUCAGAACUGAAGGGACUUACAUUACAAGUGAGCACAGCUAUCAAAAGCCACAAAGUUUUGGCCAGGACUGCAAAGCUCUUGUAGACCCUGGGAGCUCAGACGACGAUGAUGUUAGUAGUUUUGAAGAGGAGCAAGAAUUCCACAUAGGAGAGAAAAACCACAUAAAAUUCUCAGCAAAAGUGCAUAGACUGUCUGAAAAGAAUCCAGCUGAAGGGAAUAUGGUAUUUGUUUAUAAUGAUAAAAAGGGCACUGAAGACCCACAAGCCUCCCAUCUUCAGUGGCAGCUCAACCUCUUGACACACAUAGAAAAUGUGCAGAAUGAAGUCACCAGCAGGAUGGACCUAAUAGAAAGAGAAGUUGAUGUUCUGGAAAGCUGGCUUGAUUUCACAGGGGAAUUGGAGCCACCAGAUCCUCUGGCAAGACUGCCCCAACUUAAGCGCCACAUAAAACAGCUCCUGAUUGACAUGGGGAAAGUACAGCGAAUAGCAACUCUCUGCUCUGUGUGACAAUGGUGAAUACUAAUGAAAAGAUACAGGUUCCUUUAGGUGAGCCUCGCUUCCUGUCCACAUGAGGAAGUGGACAGUUAAAAAGCUCAGUGAUGUUUCGUGAUUUACUGCUUUGUGACAUCCAUGAUGGCACCUUGGAAAACAAAGCAAAGCGAAGCGCAACUUUCUCAAGGAAGCUUCUGUCAGAACAUCCUGAGCAGACUGCAGGUGGCGAUGUGUCUCAAGGAGAGUGUCAUCUAUGCUAGGAAAUCAAACAGUCAGAUUGGCAGGAUUUUUGAGUAUUUUACAUGAAGCUCAAGAUACCCAUAGAAAGAAGUAUGGUA